AUGUUUGAGCGCUUCAGGACUCAAUACCAGUGGGAUCCAAAUGAAGAAGGAAGAAAUCGUGAAGGUUUUGAGAAUACGUUGAAAGAUCACUAUAGGGGUAGAAUGAAGGAUGCCAGGGAAGCAUCGGUAAAUUCUGCAAGAAAAGCUGGGCACGUUAUCGCAAAGAUUAAUGCUAACUUUGGGAUUCUUGCAAAUUACAAUCCUGCGGAAAUACAUAGAGAUGUUUGGCGACCCAGACAUACGGGUGGUAGCAUUGGAUUUGAGGAGCACCGUCUUAAAUUGAAAGAGUUGAUGGGUGAAGACCCCUCAAUCAUUGAUCUUUAUUAUAAGACACAUCUUAUCUUACCGCCGAAUCAAAGAAAAUAUAUAUUGGGGGAGAUAAAGAGGCGCCGGUGGAUUUUGUGA